GGCGGGGCAGAGAAGCGACACCGAGUCACGGAGCGUGGCCGCCGGGGAGCCCCAGCCCGAGCAGCGCCCCGCCCGCCAGCCCGCCCUCCGUCCUGCUAGUGGGCUCAGGCUGAGUAAGCCUGAUUGCAGGGUGAACUGGAAAUCUCCUGGAGCCCUUUCAGAUCUUGCUUCUUCGAGGGGGGUGUUCCUCCCACCCUCAGAUUUACAAUAAAAAUUGAAGCUGCAUUUCUAGCAUCUUAUGGUAAGAAGAUACGGCUGCUUCUGACCCCGUUCUUACCGGGAGAUACAACCUGAAGUUUGUUUUUCUCAGUUUUUGCAUAUGCAAGAAAAUUGAUUAUUUUUACAAAGCACGUAAACUCGUGUAACCUUUUUCUGAGUCGAGGACCGAGCGGACGUGAAGCUGAGGAUCACAAAGUAAAGUGGAUUCAGUACUGACCGCUCCUACAGUCCUGUAUGGCUUGUAGCUUUCAUCAUUAAGUUUAGCUGUGGGAGGGGGAGGCUAGUGAAUUUGCAAAAAUGGAUAAUAAAUAUGAUGAUCUGGGCUUAGAGGCAAGUAAAUUUAUAGAAGAUCUCAAUAUGUAUGAAGCCUCCAAGGAUGGACUCUUUCGGGUGGACAAAGGUGUUGGCAACAACCCGGAAUUUGAGGAAACCAGGAGAGUUUUUGCCACUAAAAUGGCUAAAAUUCAUCUCCAGAAACAGCAGCAGCAGCAAGAAGAGGAGCUGAUGUUGGCUGACUCUGGCUCUCUAAAUGGUGGGGCCAGUUUCAGUGUCCAGCAGCAGUUUCCAAACCAUCCUGUGCCUGGAGUAGCUCCGGGGGCCAGUAAAUUGCAUUCAGGAGAAAAUAUUGCCAAACCUCCUCUGGCCACAGCAUCAGUGUGUGCAGCGCACCAGCUUGCUUUUCCACAUCACCCACAAGCUGUUCCUGAUGGGCAGCGAACAAAAUUAUACCAAGAUGGCAAAACAGCUAACAAAGAACAUGGCUGUAGAGAGAAUCUGGGGGAUUCUGAGGUCUCUGAAGGACAUGGGUUCCACAGAGCAGCCCAUGUGAAUCCCAGCACUGCAAAGCCAUCUUUUCCUUCUCUUCCCCACGGACAGCAUUAUAAUGAGAAUCAGACAGGUAUCCCUGCUUGGGGAGGAGAUGCUGGUAAGUUUUCCAUCCCCAAAUCUGGUUUGGGGAGUUUACGAUCCAAUGUUAAUCAUAGUGAUCAGCUACCAAGGAGUCCUACAAAAACCCAAGCUGAUCCUCAGCCUUACCAGCAUCAGAAGUCACUGAGCUCCUGCAGGUCUUCAGAAAGUGGGUAUGGAAGCCAGGAAAAUGGGAAUGAAAGCAACAGACUCAGUCGAGGCUAUGACCAAAACUCAACUGGUCAGAGAUCUUCCUCUUUCUCACAUACUCUGACCCCCUUUUCAACUUCUACAGGGUUUGAUGAUGAGACAGCAGUGGGAUUUCCACAGCAGAGAUCUUCCUCAUUCUCAGCCCCAUCAACAUUGCCUGCACAAGGGUUUUCAGGUCUGUCUGAUCAAUUUAGCCCAAACCCUGAGAGUGAGAUGCUACCUUCUGGCAUACCACAUAAAACCAGUCAUGACCACUCGUUGUGGUACCAUGACAAUUCUAGUUCUUCCACGUCUAAUUCAGCUCCUACUCCAUUGCCUCCAAGCGUAGAUUAUCAGCAAGCCAGUGCGUAUCCCAAGUCUACAGCCCAUUUCAUAGUUCAUGGUCAAAAUCACAGGCUUAAUUGUCCUGGCUCUGGCAUAAGUCCUGAGCAGGAUUCCAUCAGCGUAGCUUCACAUGGGCCAAUGAUUUCUGAUGCUCCAAGGUCUCCAUUUAAAGAGGGCAUAAGCAGUCUGCAGCAUGACUCAGGACACCAGGAAAAUUCCAGUUCUACAAAAGUAAAGUUACCCUGUCAGACCCUCCUUCCACAGCAGGAACAAGGGCCAUCUACAGCUGAAUUAAAAUUAGAAGCACUUACCCAGCGUCUGGAGCAAGAGAUGGAUGCUCGUCCCAAGGCUGACUACUUUGGAACCUGUGUGAAGUGCAGCCAAGGUGUGUAUGGAGCAAACCAGGCUUGCCAAGCCAUGGGGAAUCUCUACCAUGAUGGCUGCUUCACCUGUGGAGCAUGCAGUCGAAAACUGAGAGGAAAAGCCUUUUAUUUUGUUAAUGGAAAGGUGUUCUGUGAAGAAGACUUUCUGUAUUCAGGUUUCCAGCAGUCAGCUGACAGGUGUUUCAUUUGUGGUCAUUUGAUAAUGGACAUGAUCCUGCAGGCUCUAGGGAAAUCAUACCAUCCAGGCUGCUUCCGUUGUGUGAUCUGUAAUGAAUGUCUGGAUGGAGUGCCAUUCACUGUAGACACGGAGAACAAAAUCUACUGUGUCAGAGAUUACCACAAAGUUUUAGCUCCAAAAUGUGCAGCAUGUGGACAUCCCAUUCUGCCAACUGAGGGGUCCGAUGAGACCAUUCGGGUUGUGUCCAUGGACAAGGAUUACCACGUGGAAUGUUAUCACUGUGAGGAUUGUGGGAUGGAACUCAAUGAUGAAGAUGGACAUCGCUGUUAUCCUCUAGAUGAACAUUUGCUUUGUCACUCCUGUCACCUGAAGCAUAUAGAGAAAGGCACAACUCCAGCAGCUAUGUACCAGCAUCACUACUAGUCAGUACUGCUAAUUCCCAGAAUUAGCCUGUCAGAGGACUUGUUAUAGUACACAUUUUCCCCCAGUUGAUUUCCAGUAUGCAUUUUCCCCAAUCAGUAAUUUACAGUAAGAGGAUACAGAGACAUUAGCUAGAUUUUUUUCGAGGUUUGUAUGUAUGUGAGCUCCACUCAUAUCACAAAUACGUUUAUUUGAACAUGUAAUGUUUUCCAGGCUGGUCGAUUUAUUUUCCCAUGCCUUUUUACAAUCUCAAGAGCUCUUUGCUUUCACUUGGGAAGAUUUUUCAGUAGAAGGAUAACCAUCUAUCACAUCAGUGAGUUCAUAUGAUGCCAUGCACAAUUAAUAAGCCACAGACCUCUCUACCUGCCUGCUGAGAACAUUUCUUCAGUCUGUGAAGUGGUUUCUGACAAGCACGUUUCAUCAAAUCCCCCAAGGAUAUCAGCUUAUUAAUACUGAUUCUUAGAAUCUUUAUAAUUCUUUAGAAAAAGGGCUCUGUGCAUAAAAGCACAUUCAGACCUUUCAGUUUGUUCCCAGAACUCCGAUGCCAGCCCAGCUGUGAAAUGGUUGUGACGCAGAAUAGCAAUCUGAGCACAAACAAACCAGGCAUCUCACUUGGCUGCUGAAUGUCCACAUCCCAACAAUUAUUUUUUUUAAAACUGGAGCAAGAUAUACAAAGCCAUCUUGGCAAAUGUGGUCACCUGUGCUGCUGCUUGUGCAUAAGCAUGGUACACUAGGAUCACUUUGUUGUAUAAAGUCUGAGCAGCAAAUUACAUUUGAAAAGAUCUGGAUGCUGAAAAUAUGUACGGGAGGGCAAUCUAUCUCCCAUUAUCUCUUGCAAAGGUCACUUUAGAAAACAGCUCUGUGCACGCAGACACUUCCUAAGCCUUUCAUUUUAUCCAUGGAGCGCAGACAUCAACACUGCUGUGAAAAAGGUGCAAGUCAAGAGGGCUCAAUACUCACUUCUACAGUGUUUAUCCAGCUCAGACCUGUUUCAUAACGGUGCCUAUUUAGAGUUCUGGGAACAGAUUCAAGAGCAUGAUGAAGGCUUUAUGUUUGCACAGAUUUAGAGCCUAACUCUGCAACCCUCACUUGUGAGUAAGCCCGUUGACACACAUGGAUUUGCUCACAUGAAUAAGGAUUACUUACGUGAGCAGGGCUUCCAGGAUUAGAUCCUUAUUUUUUUUGUUCCGUUUAGAAAGCAAAAAUGGCAAAUGUUUUUCCUUUUUAAACACCCAUGCCUUUUAAUCAAAGAAAAUGCCUCCCAAUGGGUACACAGCUAUGUGUGUGGUAAAUAUGCGAUGGGUAUUAUUUACAGUACACAUACUGUGCGUAUUAAAGCUUUGCAGAAACUGGUAUACAGGUACCAUUUUUUUAAUUUAAAAAACCAGCUGUUUCCACUGCUGUUUAGUGUCUGUGAACUGACCUCCCCAACGUAUCCUAAGUGUAUUGAAGACUAAUUAAAUACUAACUAAAUCCUUUUGCAUCAGAGCUAAGCUAUUUAUUCAACCCUGUUUGAUAGUAUGGUGUACAGUUUCCUCCAAGAUCCACCAUGAAACAGUGCUGACUAAAUUAGCGAAACAGUGGUAACUACAUUCCAGGAACGAGCCAGAGCAAAGUAGCAAUACUCUUCAACCAAACAUCUCUCCCAAUAACAACUUUCUGGCGGUAGCUAACUGCUUGAAGUUUAAAAAAAAAAAAGGGGGGGGGGGGCAGAUUCUGCCACUCGUACUCCCAUUUAAUAGUAUCUUACUCCAGGAGUAGUCCCACUGAAACGAAUGGAGAAAUAAAGUAUUACUCAGCUAACGGUGGCAGAAUCUGACUCACAGUUGAUGAUAUGCUGAUAUAUACAUUUCUCCCCCCUCCAUCCUUAGCUUAGAACUGAGAGAGCCCAGUCCUGAAAGUGCUUCCUACAAAUUGCUGAGCAUGCUCAACUUCACUUUGCAGAAUUGGGGGCAGCUGAUGUUUUUGUUUUUUUCCCCCUUCACCGAAUGUCAUGAGAGGGGCAUUUUGUCCCACAAAGCAAUAGCUCUCAGCAUCCCAGCCAGUCACUUUCUGUCACUAUUUCCAAUGACAACAGCAAACUUCCAGGUGCAGCAGUCACUUUGUCGUGAGGCCAGAUAGGGCUCUUUCAGAGCUAUUGAUCAUGCUGUUCCCUGAUUCUUGUGGUAGAGGAUGCAAGAAAGCAGGCAGAUUGCUCCAUUUGCCUGGAGACCAUGAGACAAGCAACUUUCACAUCUCCCCACUCUCCUUUCAUCCACCUCUCUUUCUUCCUUCCUCUCUCUCCUAUGCGCACACUCUCUAAGAUUGUCUAGAUUAGUGGAGGAAACUUUUGCUGAGUGUUUUUUAACACCUUAAAAUAUUAAUUUGCAUUAACAACUUACUACAUAUCCUCAUUUGCCACAAUGUGAGUAGAAAUAAACAGAACCCAGCAAUAGCAGAUUUUUAUGCUGAGAUUGUUCAGCCAGGCACGGGUUUAAUCAGUUGCACAAGCAAGCGUAGUCAGUGGGGAGGGUGUUGGUUUAACAGCUGCAGGGGAGAACUACGAUACGAUUAGUAGUGAUGGGCAGGUUUCCAAUCCAAUGCCUCAGUUUGCCCUGACUGUCCUGCUCUAGCCAGAAACCAGGCAAGGCUCUGGACUCUGAUUUUGGCCCAGGGCUUGGUCAGAUCAGCAAACACCCCUACAGAGCACAGCAAACUGAUAUUUAUGACCCAUCCAUUAGGUGAAUGCCUCUGCAUGUACUUCAUUGUGACUGCUGCCCUUUGGGACGAUGCCACUGGAAUAAGGUUGGCAAGCAAGUCCUCUAACGAAGGCCAGAAAGGAUGGUUGGUUAGGGCUGUUCAGCAAGCUUUGAACAAGUGGGGUAGUUUAGCUCUGAAGCCCCAAUAUCCCCAAAGACUUACAGCCUUCAGAUGAGUGAGUGAGGAAUAUUAUUAAGGACUGGUAGUCACUGCACUAGUAUUGAGAGAAAUAUUCCUAUGCUAGUGCCCUUGACUCUGAGGCAUGAGGGGGGGUUUUUACUGGUGAUUUCAGCAGGAGCAGAAUCCGCUCCAAGAUGUACAAGGACCAGAACAUGGAACUGGGGGGCUCACUAUGCAGCUGUUGAACAACAGCCGGGGGAGGGAGGGCAGGAGGGAUGCUGAUGCAGCGGCAGUGCUAUACACAAGAAGGCUGAGCCAGGUGUAGUAACACGUAAGGACCAAAUCCUGCCAGGUGCUGAGCACCCUGGACUCCAUUUACCGUAAUGGAAGUGGAGGCUGCUCUGCUCUGCACAGGAUCCAAGCCUGUAGUGCUUGCAGCCACACCCAGUAGGUGUUUGAAAAAAGUAGUUGCAAUCUAAGAUUGCGCCAAGGUACUUGGGUGGAAAGCAACUAUAGUAAAUUGGCAACUAAUGAACAUCACUGACUCUUCCUUGUAAACGAAAGCAUUCUGACCGGAGAAUAUAUGAAUAACUUCAUAGGGAUGAGGCAUAAAUGCCAGGCCUGGCACGACUGCUCUUCCUCAAGAGAUCAGUAAUCCCAUGGCUAAGUUUUAUUAGUGAUACUGACUUUCCGAAAGCCACCGGUAUGCGUGCAUUUCUGGUCAUAAUGUGGGGAAGAUGUGAAAACACUAACAAGAACUGGACUCUUUUAAACACAAUAGACUCCUCAGUCAUUUAGGGCAACAUCUGAGUGAUGCAGAAUAGAGAUGAUUGGGUUAUUUUGGGCUGCAGUCAGACCAGAGGAAAAGCCAUCUCACAAGAAGUCUGCUUGUUGUUAAUUUAAAAAUAUACCCAUGGAAAACUAGUCAAUGACACUCAAGUACAGGACAACUUACUGAUCAAUAGAUAUUGGCAGCUUCUUCUUGGGUUUAAACUGACACUCUCUUCUCUAACACUAAGAGGGGAGGGAAAUGAGAGAAUGAAAAGUUACUCUGUGGAAAGCCUCUCUUGGCCUGUCAUUCUGCUCUGAGUUACACUGGAGAAGAUUUCUCUGAACUGACGGAAAAUUCAGCCUCCGGUUCCACAUGGUGUCUUGUUUCUCAUGCGAGCAAUCCCAGAGCCCUCAUCAUUGGGGAAAUGGAGGAUUGUCCUACUUUCAUUGUUAAAGUUCUAUAAAUUAUGAGUGAUGUGAAAGUUUUUUUUUCUCCUGGUGUGUUUACAGAGAGCUAGGCGGCAGCAUUAAGCAAUUGGGAAUGGAAUGUAUAUGUUUGUGUUUUUGAAGCUAAAGUGUACUGAAUAAUUGCUCACCUGCCUGUUUUAACUUGUACUGUUUGAUCUUUGUCAGUCUGAAUGAAUUCAAGAUGCUUUUUGUUCCUGUUAUUUGGAGGAAGAUAUUUACUGGUUGUUUUAAAGUCUGAUGUACAUUUUCA